AUGAUUAUUUUUCAAAUAAUAUUAAUUCUAGGAUGUAUUUUAUCAGAAUUCCAUUUACAAGAUUCGUCUAGUUCGAGCAUUUUUACAUUUCCUAAAGAUAACAAGCCGAAAAGCAGGUUCAGGAUUAUCGGAGGAAAUGUAGUUACUCCUCCCAAUCUUUAUCCAUUCCAAGUUGCGCUGAACGUGAGAUACAGCUCUUCAAUUGCACUGUGCGGAGGAAGCUUGAUUUCCGAACAAUGGGUUUUGACAGCAGCUCAUUGUGUCGAUAAAUUUCCUUUGUACAUAGAUGUGAUUAUUGGAGCGCAUAAUUUGACAGACACAAUGGAACCGGCUCGACAAACAUACCGUUCGACACUGCAUUUUAUCCAUUCCGAUUGGUCAGAUGUAGCCCUUCAAAAUGAUAUAGCAUUAAUCAAAUUACCAGAAAACGCUACGCUUAACGAAAACGUCGGAUUAAUCGGACUGGCCACAGGUUUCGGUACAUUCGCUGGUCGAAGUGGUACGAUUUUAGGAUGGGGUUUAACUGAAACUGGCGUAACAUCUAAUCCACUUCUACAAGUCACUGUGGACAUCAUGUCAAAUGCUGUUUGUAGAGCAACAGAUCCUGCGUACUAUAUAAUCCAAAAUAGCCAUCUGUGCACGUCCGGUGUCGGAAUAAGAGGCAGCUGUAACGGUGAUUCUGGCGGUCCCUUAGUGGUGGGCAAUACCUUGGUAGGUAUCGUUUCUUUUGGUCCUGAAAAUUGUGCGCUGGGAUACCCCUCGGUGUUUACCAGAGUGACGAGUUAUUCAGACUGGAUACUUCAAACUAUGACGACUGAAGCCAGUGCGACGAUGAGAACGGGAGCAAGUGCAAAGUUUACUUCCAAUAUUUUCGCUUUAAGCAUUUUAAUAUUGUUAAUUUGUUUUAAGUAA